AUGGCGCUCCAGUCGCCAGUAGCCUGGCCCGCUUCUGUCCCCCUCACCUCGGAGGAUCCCGGAGGGGUCCGCGCCGUUUCUAGAUCUGCUCUCACCGUCCGGCUCACGGCGACUCCGAUCAGCGCGCGCACAGAGAAUCUGAUCCGAGGUGGGGACGGUGGCCGGGGGCCAGCGCUCCGGGAGGCCACGUCGCCCUCCGCCGAGACGCCGGGAGACGCGGACGAUGGGAACAACAACAACAACAACCCUUCCCGGACAGAUUUGAGUGGCGCUCCCGGCAAAAGCAUAACCUGUCAGCCCCAGGCCAGGCCCACGGCCACGAGGCCGCCUCCUACCGGCUCGCCGGAGUGGACCGCGACACCAAGAAACGGCAGGAAGCCCGGGCCGCGGCCGCCCCUCCUGCGAGCCGCCUCCUCGUCCUCGUCCUCGGCGUUGGCACCGCCCCACAGGGGGCCCAAGACGCUGCAGUCGAAUCCAUCGCUCGCCAGCCAGAGGAGCAAAGGGAGCUCCAAGUCCAACGGCUCCCAGAUCCCCACGGAGGCCCAGGACGACUGCUGUGUGCACUGCAUCCUUGCCUGCCUGUUCUGCGAGUUCCUGACGCUCUGCAACAUCGUGCUCGACUGCGCCACCUGUGGGUCGUGCACGUCGGACGACUCCUGCUUUUGCUGUUGCUGUGCGUCGGAGGAGUGCGGGGACUGCGACCUGCCCUGCGACAUGGACUGCGGAAUCAUCGACGCCUGCUGCGAGUCUGCCGACUGCCUGGAGAUCUGCAUGGAGUGCUGCGGCCUCUGCUUCUCCUCCUGAGCCUCCACUCCACCAGAGGGCGCUGCGUUGUUUGCGGUGGACUCCACGUGCGGAGGGCAGAGAGAAACAGGAGUUGACUGGGACAGGUAGGGAAUAGGCACGAGGCAAGGCCAAUGAAAUCCCAAUGACCCGCUACCGGCCUCGUCGUGAGCGAGGGCUACGGAGAAUGCUGUCGUCGAGUUCUGGUCGCAUUUUCCUGGACUUCCUGGUUUUUCAGAGUGCUCACACUCAGGCUGGGGAUGAACCUGGAAUAUUCUUCCUACAUUUGUAGUCUGCUUUCAGACUCUUCCUACGCUUGCCAUCGCCGUGCAUUUCAGUUGUGUACCGUGACAACGCAUUCCACGAUCACGGAAGCAACAGAAGAACCCGCUCCGACUCAUAUCUGUAAGCAAAGUCAGACCGUGGGAGGAGAUUCUCGAAAAGAUGGGAGGUUUUAUUUGGAGUCCUUUGGUUCAGCUUAAAUGGCUUUAUUUUUUUGCUACCAAGGCCUAUUUGGGGAAAAAAAUCUCCACUGUGUUUUGUGGUUUAAGAUUCCUCAAUAAUGCAUACCACAACCAUGCUUGAAUUACAAUUCGGUGCCUUUUUGAAAUAUGCCAUCAUGUGUUCAAAGGAGCUUAAAUUCGUGCUCUCCAA